CUCGUUUGUUAUAUCUCCUUCUUCGCUGUAUUAUGUUAAUUGUCUCAUAAUCCUACAUUAGCCCGAUCACUACGUACCGUAGCUCUGUGGACGCCAAUGAAGGCGCAUAUUUGGAGAGGAGCGCAUCGAGCGAACGUACAUUCAAGAGUAACGUGCAACGCUAGAUUUAUAGCUACCGAUUCACGAAAUCGACUAUCAAAAUUCUGGGCACCUACAGGAGGCAUCUCACCGCAGGAAGGAGAACACGAUGACUCUCAUGCGCAUUUGGUUCGAGGAGGCUUCCUCCGCCAGGCCCAUUCAGGAGUCUUCCACCUCCUCCCCCUAGGCCUCCGCGUGCAAAACAAGCUGGAAAACCUAAUAGACAAGCACAUGCGCUCUCUUAGUGCCUCCAAACUCUCCCUCUCAUCCAUCACCACCGAAACAUUAUGGCGCCAGUCCGGUCGCUACUCCGCGAAUUCAGAACUCCUCCGUUUAAAGGACCGAAGAGAAUCUGGCUUUCUUCUGUCUCCCACUCACGAAGAAGAGAUCACGGCUCUUGUGAGCGGAAUGGUGCACUCAUAUAAAGAUCUACCCCUGCGAUUGUAUCAAAUAGGGCGGAAGUACCGCGACGAAAGACGGCCUAGACAGGGUCUCCUCCGCGCUAAGGAGUUCCUGAUGAAAGACCUCUAUACAUUCGACUACUCGCAUGAUAAUGCGCUGAAAACAUACGAAGCAGUUCGGAAAGCGUACAACAACCUGUUCAAUGAACUCAAGAUCCCCUAUCUCGUCGCAGACGCCGACUCCGGGAACAUGGGCGGCAAGCUCAGUCACGAAUACCACUUCGCCUCCCCCAAAGGCGAAGACAACGUCUGGUCCUGUGAUUCUUGCAGCUACGUCGCGAAUGAAGAACUCGUCGAGAAACGAACGUCAGAUACGCCUUCUGAUAUCAACUGCCCACCGCUGGUCUUCACAGGUAUAAGCGUGGACCGCAGCCUCGCCAUCAACAUUUACAUCCCCCGCCCAGCAGCUAUGUCGGCAAACGAGUCGCCCCCUUGGGACCACAUCCACGAGUUCGUAAACCUGCACGCCCUGAAACGGCUCACAGGCAUGGACAUCGACACCGGUAUCGAGACGGCAACACUACACUCCCUCCUCCCCAAUACUACAUCUACAACUGACAUCUACGACCGCGCCGUACGCGCCCCUAACUCUCCAAAAUUCGUCGGCGACCUGACCAUCACGAAAUCAGGCGACGGCUGUCCGCGCUGCGAAGAGGGAAAGCUUUCAGUACGAAAAGCUAUUGAAGUAGGCCACACCUUCCACCUCGGCACACGAUAUAGCGUACCGCUUGAAGUGCUCGUCGCAGUGCCAGACAAGAACGAGAAAGAAGCCAUGCACAUGGGAUGCCACGGCAUCGGGGUCUCGCGGCUCAUCGGCGCUAUUGCGAGCCUUCUCGUGGACGAGCGGGGAUUGAAUUGGCCGAGGGUCGUAGCGCCCUAUGAAGCCAUUAUAAUUACGACUCCUCAAGUUACGGAGGAGGAUAGUGCACAAGUGUAUGACACGUUGGCGGGAAGGGAUGGUGCGACGGAACUGGAUUUAAUACUAGAUGACCGGCCCAUCAAGAGUCUAGCGUGGAAACUGCGAGAUGCGGAUCUGAUCGGAUAUCCCGUGCUAGUAGUGCUCGGUCGCCGCUGGAAGGAGAGGAGGGAGGUGGAAGUACAGUGUCGCCGACUGGGCGUCAAGAAGGACGUUGCGCUGGAGAAUCUGAGGAGCGAGGUGCUGGACCUACUGGAGCAACUAUGAGGGUAUUGGCAGCGGAUGUAUGAUAUUGCGCAAACCUUGUAAUCUACUGUACAUACCAUAUCAU